GCCCGGCCCCAAGAUGAUGAAGAGGCAGCUGCAUCGCAUGCGGCAGCUGGCCCACACGGGCAGCCUGGGGCGCACCCCGGAGACUGCUGAGUUCCUGGGGGAGGACCUGCUGCAGGUGGAGCAGCGGCUGGAGCCGGCCAAGCGAGCAGCCCACAAUGUCCACAAGCGGCUACAGGCCUGUCUGCAGGGCCAGAGCGGGGCGGACAUGGACAAGCGGGUGAAAAAGCUGCCCCUCAUGGCUCUGUCCACCACCAUGGCCGAGAGCUUCAAGGAGCUGGACCCCGACUCCAGCAUGGGGAAGGCCUUAGAGAUGAGCUGUGUCAUCCAGAACCAGCUGGCCUGCAUCGUGGCCGAGUUUGAGAUGACCCUGGAGAAGGACGUCCUGCAGCCACUCAGCAGGCUGAGUGAGGAAGAGCUGCCCGCCAUCCUUAAGCACAAGAAGAGCCUGCAGAAGCUGGUGUCAGACUGGAACGCCCUCAAGAGCAGGCUUGGUCAGGCAGCCAAGAGCUCAGGUGGCGGUCAGGGCCUCGGAGGCGGACCGGGCAGUUACACCUCCACGGCCAACAAGAUGGAGACGCUGAAGGAGGAGGAGGAAGAGCUGAAGAGGAAGGUGGAGCAGUGCAAGGAUGAGUACUUGGCCGACCUGUACCACUUUGCCACCAAGGAGGACACCUACGCCAACUAUUUCAUCCACAUCCUGGAGAUCCAGGCUGAGUACCAUCGCAAGUCCCUGAGCUCACUGGACACAGCCCUGGCCGAGCUGAGGGAGAACCACAGCCAGUCAGACCCCUCCCCCUCGAUGACGGCCGCCCCCUUCUCCAGGGUGUAUGGGGUGUCGCUGGGGACCCACCUGCAGGAGCUGGGCCGGGACAUCGCCCUGCCCAUCGAGGCCUGCGUCAUGAUGCUGCUUUCUGAGGGCAUGAAGGAAGAGGGCCUCUUCCGCCUGGCCCCCGGGGCCUCCGUGCUGAAGCGUCUGAAGCAGACGAUGGCGCAGGACCCCAGCAGCCUGGAGGAGUUCUGCUCUGACCACCACGCUGUCGCAGGUGCCCUCAAGUCCUAUCUGAGGGAGCUGCCUGAGCCCCUGAUGACCUUUGAACUCUACGAUGAUUGGAUGAAGGCAGCCAGCCUGAAGGAGCCGGGAGCCCGGCUGGAGGGCCUCCGAGAGGUGUGCAGAUGCCUGCCCCGUGAGAACCUCAACAACCUCAGGUACCUGAUGAAGUUCCUGGCCCGCCUGGCCGAGGAGCAGGAGGUGAACAAGAUGACUCCCAGCAACAUCGCCAUCGUCCUGGGGCCCAACUUGCUGUGGCCGCCGGAGAAAGAAGGGGACCAGGCUCAGCUGGAUGCAGCCUCCGUGUCUUCUAUCCAGGUCGUAGGCGUGGUGGAGGCUCUCAUACAGAAUGCAGACACCCUCUUCCCAGAAGACAUUAACUUCAACAUGUCAGGCCUGUUCUCAGGCCUUGACCUCCAAGACAAGCUGGGCAACAGGCCAGCCUCUGAGGAGCUUCCAGCCUCUGCUGUGUCCACUCCGGCCACCACCCCAGCUCUGGUUCCAGCCACAGCCCCAGUCCCAGCCCCGGCCUCGGUCGCUACCAAGGAAAGGGCAGAGUCCGAGGCACCCCCCAGACCAGCCUCCCCCAAAGUCAGCAGGAACGCCCCAGAAGCAGCUGCCCCAGCAGAGGAUGUCACUCGGAAAGUCAAGCGCCAAGCCCCGGCCCGGCCGACCAUGCUGCCCCCUCAAGUAGCCAGCACCCGCUCCUCCCCUCCAGCUCCACCCCCACCCCCCCCCCCACCCCCUGGCUCUGGCAGCCCUGUGACCCCCCAGGCUCUGCCCCGCCGGCUGGUCAGCAGCAGCCUCCGGGCCCCCACUGUGCCACCCCCGUUACCCCCUGUGCCCCCUCAGCCUGCCCGGCGCCCGAGUCGACGUUCGCCGGCCUCCCCAGGACCAGCCUCCCCCAGCCCAGGUUCCUCAAGUGUUCUCCCUCAGGGUGACUUGGAGGGAGGGACCCCUGUGGGAGGAGGGAAGGUCACCACUUCCCCACCAGUGCCCCCUCAGCCACGUCCCAGAAGCAUCACCUCAGAGACUGACUGA